AUGAAGUAUUCUCCGAGCGAAGGUAGUCUCCGGGCUACUAGGAUCGCACUACUGCUAAUAGUGUUUGGUGUGCAGUCGCUGAAUGCUAUAUUCGUUCCAAAGAUUGUCACACAUCAUGCCCUCCGGCUGGAGAAUGAAACGUCCGUCGCCCGGGCAACGAUCGAGUUCGUGGACCAAUCGGUGGACGACACGGCGACGGGCAAUGAAUCUCAGUCACCGUCGAUCUGUAUCGUCACCACGAGCCUCGACGAUCUGCCGCCGGACGUGUUCAGCGAGGAGCAACGGUUACAGGGAGCCAUCGUGCUGCACUUCCUGGCCGCCGUCUACUUCUUCAUGCUGCUAGCGUACGUUUGCAGCGACUACUUCCUGCCCUCGGUCGAGCGUCUGUGCGAAGAUUUGAAACUGUCGCAGGAUGUGGCGGCCGCUACCUUCAUGGCUACCGCUACCUCGAUGCCGGAGUUUUUCACCAACACCAUCAGCACGCUGGCGGUCGACUCGGACAUCGGAGUCGGCACGAUAAUGGGCUCGAUGCUGUUCAACACGCUCGGGGUGGCGGCGCUGGUUGGGAUGCUGACCAAGAUGCACGUACAGCUGGACUGGUGGCCGUUGACGCGCGAUUCCAUCAUCGUGUGCAUCUCCACCUCGCUGCUGGUCGUGUGUGUUUGGGAUGGCCGGAUUGAAUGGUACGAGGCAAUGCUUUUUACCAUCUUCUAUGUGCUGUACUUUGUGGUGAUGUUCAAGAACGAUCGGCUGAAAGCGAUUGCGGUACGCUACAUUCAGCACAAGUGGAACCUCUGCGGUCGCCUAGAGCUGGAAGUGCCGCAAGAUGUGGCACCGGAAGUGGAUCGCAAGUGUUCGAUUGCUGUGCUCGGGCAAAGCAUCAACCAAGUGAUGGUGAGCGUUAGUGGAGGUUAUCCCGAGAAGAUGUCGACAGGAUACCGUCAGGAGAAUGGUGGCGGGCAGAACAGCACACCAGCAACAGCACCCCAAGUAGUGGAUGUGCCUGCCGGGUGCGACGGUUGUAGUGUGGAACGGCCACCGGUCAGCAAGAAGUGGCUUAAAUUGACGCACCUACCGGCCAAGUCUACCGCCAACUGGCGCACGGUGCUGUGGUUCUUCACCUGGCCCUACCGGUUGGUCGUGUUCUUCACUGUGCCCGAUCCGCAACGGUUUCGGAGGCUGUACCCACUGACAUUUCUCUGUUGCAUCGGCUGGAUCGGACUGAGCGCGUACGUCGUGUUCUGGAUGAUCUCCGUUAUCGGGUUCACGUUCGGCAUACCGGACACGGUCAUGGGCAUGACGUUUCUGGCGUUCGGAGGCUGCAUGCCAGAGGCCGCCUCGGCGGUGACGAUGAUCCGAAAAGGAAACGGUGCGAUGGGUGUCUCGAACUCGCUCGGUGCCAACACGCUGGCGAUCCUGUUUUCGCUCGGUCUGCCCUGGUUCAUACGAACCAUGAUCGACGGUGGCCCAUCAACCGGGGCCUACAUCGCUAUAUCUUCAUACGGCGUGCAAUACUCGGUGCUCGCCCUGUUCGUCGCCAUCUUCACGCUCUACCUGGUGCUGUACAUCGCGAAAUACACACUCCGGAAGCUGGUUGGGGUGGCUCUGGCCAUCGGCUAUCUGUUGAUUGUGACUUUCAUGAUACUGGCCGAGCUGGACGUGUUCUUCCCCGCCAACAACAGGUGCUAG